GUUGACAGCAACAACAGUGCUCGAGGUAAAAGGUCAGCCAAAAGUCCAGUGGACAAAGCGAGACAGCUGGUCGAUACAUUGUCCAACUUGGAACAGGAAACGGCUCAAAGUAUAUGGGUGAGUGCUUUGCCAUGUCUGUAGGUCUUAUUUUAGCCACCACCACUUGUCUCCCUUUUGUUUUCUUUUGACGUCACCGAUUAAAUGUGUAGCGUCCUUCCCUUUACUUGGAAAAGGUUGUUUAUGAUUGAAUAUGUUCUAUUUGUUCUAAAGAAUGUUAUCUGGUGAAGUAAUUUCUAGAAUUUCUUCACUAGAUGGUUCUGAUUUAAUCCCUUUAUAUCUAUAUAUAUAUGUAGGCCGGCAUCUUUCCUAGCCAGCAGAGAUUUUUGCAAAGUUUCAUAGACACUUAUAAGAGGUUAUAUAAAUUCCAAUAUUGCACUCUUUAUGUGCGUGUGUGUAAAUGGAUCUUUGUAUUUUUCUAGGAUUGUACCUUUUCACUUGCUAUGCUGUACGUUGAUAGACGUUUUCAUCUUGUCUCUUUGUGUACUAUCGUUACUAUCACUAGCUAUGGUCAUCUUGUCUCUUUGUGUACUAUCGUUACUAUCACUAACUAUGGUCAUCUUGUCUCUUUGUGUACCUGUGUUCAGUCCAUUGGUACGAAUUGUGUACGCUACGAGCCAAAGUUUAAAAUAGAUGAAAUGUGCGAAACGAUAGUGUAGUGAACUCGUUUGUUGUGAAUGUUGGGUAGGGGGAGUCGUGAAUCGUGAGAGUGUUUUGUGAGUUGUUGAUCGUGGGGUCAGAGCGUGAAGUUAGUCCGUGGUGUGGAACGUUUGCGUAGGCUGGGUUGUUUGUGUGGUAUUACAAAAGGGAUGUGUGUUAGCUAGAGGUCAGAGAAGAAAGGUAGAAGAAUAAGAGAAGAAUUGUUAGUCGUCGAAAGUUGUCAGUCAAGAGUUAGUCAGUAGCGAUAGGAGCGAGAGACAAGAGUUAGUCGAGAGAGUAGUGCUAGGAGAAUAGAUAAUCGGUAGUUGGACUGAUGUGUGUCCUGUUUUGUCAAGUAUCCAAUAAAAUAUUAUAUUGUUACACUGGACCUUGUGUUUUAUGUGGGAGGAGGUAUCAAACUAAAGUCGUAACAUUUCAAGUAUAAUGAAAGUCGUAAGAGAUAUAAUGGGUCGUAGCUGUGAGUUUUUCCUCGACACACGAAUGUCUGUUUAUGGACUCGGUACAACAAUGCACAGUUUAGUCAACUGGCUGUGGUGACAUCUGCCUUGGGACGUCACCCAGUAACAGCUGAAUCUAUCGCCUUCGAACCGAAUGCAUGGGGGUUGGGCUGCGAUAAGGCUUCUAAGUAGAUUAAUGAGACAGGUUUGAAUGUGUAAAUUGUCUAACCAUAAUUAAAGCUUGACCUAUAUGGUUUUGUUUACACAAAUUAGUUUUGGUUCUCAUUAAUCUUAAACAGAAUAUAAUAUUGAAAGAAAGAUGCCAUGCCCACAGUAGUUACCUCAAUCUGUGAAGCACUGUCUAUUCACUAUGAUUUUUGUUUUUAAAACUCCACAGGGUCCAAGAGACAGUCGACUUGCACAAAAUACGGUAAAUGCAAUGUUGGUCUGUUCUGUGCAUCAAACUUGUGCAUACGAACUUUCUUUCGAUCAGUGUCUGAACUACAAGCUAUUGGGGAAAGGGGGGGGGGGGGCUGUUGUUUCACUGUACACAUUUCGUUGCUAUAAUACGAAUAUAGUACAGCACUGGUACAAUUAUUUGGUACAGCACUAUGGCUAUAAAAUGGUACCUUACUAGCGCCCAUGCCUAACAAAAUAUUUUAAAGAAUUAUUCAACGUUUUAAAAAUAACCAGUGUCAUUCAUGCCGUACCCUACUUUCUAGUGUCAGUGACAUUUUGCCUUAUAUUCUGAGUGCUGAACCAAACCCCUUACACCCCCAUACCAUUGCUGACCCCCCCCCUCACUGUCCCCAAUUAUUACUGAAUCCCUAUUAUAACUGACGCCCCUGCCAAUACUGCCCCCCCCCCUCCUAAUGAACUUUGCGUCAUAUUGACCCCCUCCCUUUCUUAUACGUGUCCCCUCCCGAAGCUAACUUGUUUUCGGGGACCAAAGAGCUGCUUAGAACCAGUUGUGACCCGUCAGUAAUAACUGGUGAAGGACGAGCCUCGCAGAGUCAAAACAGCAUGCGGAAGAGCGAAACCAAAAAAAUUUUGCUUGAGACUUAGGAUUUGUUCCUCUGGUUAUUGGGUGUUCCUUGAAUUGUUCAUUUCAUACCUCAGACAUACCUCACUUUAAUACCUAAUAUACACCUCACUUUAAUACCUCUUUGUGUCUUUAUUUAUGUAUGUAUUUUUUGUCUGAAUUGACAGCCCAUGGAGGUUACAGGCCCCGCCCCCAUUGAGCGCUAUUUGGUGAGUAGAUAGUCACCGUUAGAUUUGUCUUAGCUGUAGCUGGUUUGACGAUGGCUUGUCUGACAUUGGCUGGUCUGACAAUUGCUUGUCUGACAUUGGCUGGUCUGAUAUUGGCUGGUCUGACAAUUGCUUGUCUGAUAUUGGCUGAGGUCUGACAUUGGCUGAGGUCUGGCAUUGGCUGGUCUGUAGGUCAGUUAACUAGGGAAGGAGACUACUGGAUAUAAUGAAGGAGGAGCUGGAGGGGGAGAGGGAGGUCAACAGAAGGAAGGAGGUGAGACAGAGGAAGGGAUAUCUGCUCUGUUAUAAUAAUCCAUUCAGCGUUGGGUUGUUUGCAACAUACAACAUUUAAGCAUCCUGUCUCUGAAAACCACCACCACCGUCUAACUACUAACAACACAUCAUGUCAGAGAGAACUAUUGAUGAUAAGUUCUGCCACAUAUAAUUAUUGAUAAUACAUUUUGUCACAUAUCAUUAUGCAUAUUGAUGACACAUAUUACUAUGUAUUCUUUUAAUCGCCAAAUGAACGGGGGGUGAUGUGAAGUGGGCCAUAACGGUAUAAAAUUGUAUCAAAGACUUAUUGUACCCGACACGUGUAUGUUAUGUGUUAUGAAACAUUUUACACAUAGACAUAUAGGGAGUCAUACCCUGACGUACAGGUAACUAAUAUUGACAUAGACAUACCGCACAAAGAUGUCACAAGCGUUCACGUAGACACAACCCCAAAAAGAAAUAACUAUUUUAUUGACAUAGACACGCCCUCACAAAACGAUAUCUGUUUUGUUAUUGACAGACCUACCCACACCAAGAAGGCAGCCCUUACCCCAAGCUGCACCAACAUUCCAGAGAAAAGAAGAGUCAGCAGCUGAAGCUGGACAACUUGAUGGUGGCCAAGAACGUGCUGAAAAACCUGGAGACGACACGUGAGACCCUGGAGAAGAAUAUUGACCACGUGAUUAGAUCUCGUCGGGAUAUCAACGUUUUCACGACCAUGUUUGGCGAAGGUGUGGAAGGGUCAGUAACUCUAGAAUUAAACAAAGCAGUUGUAAAGAUUGAGUGACCUACCCUCUUAUCACCAACGUGACCACUAUGGUGACACCAAUAAGACCACUAUGGUGACACCAAUAAGGAAAAUGGUUGGUUUAAAAAAAAAAAAAAAGAUAAUAAUUGAUUGAACAAUUUUUAGAACAUCUUUGUCACCUUCCAGUCCAGCUGAUGAUUUGAGUCUCCAAAUGACCUGUUGUAACAAAGAUUGUUUUCUUAGAAAUGUGAAUGAAAUCUCAGGGUGAAGCUUCAUCUCAGCCUUACAUAUACCAGUCGUUUUUCAAAUAGAUUUUUUUAGUAUAACUAGACUCCUAUAUCAUGUAAAUGUCUAAAAUGUGAGAGUCCUUUCCAUAAAUCAUUUACAUAAACCUUUUAUACAAAGCUUUAUUAAAUAAUGCCUGUAAGGUGUUGCCACACGUCAAUGUCUGUUUUGCUCAUGUUCCUCAGAGCUGUCGCUGAGCAGUUGAGGAUUGAGAAACUAGUCAACAAGAAGAUAUCUGCCCUGCAGCCAGAUGUGCAGGUGAGUUGAGGACAGUGGGACCCAAACAGAACAAUGGUCAGGACCCACAUAUAGACCAACCUGUGUAUUAAUAAUUCUUGCCAUCCAUUUCGGUCCAUUUGUGGGUCCAUCAAUUUAUUGUUCAAGACUUCACCUGAAUAUGCACAAUUGUUUACAAAGACCUAACAAGACUUUAACUAAAUAUGCACCCUUGUUUACAAAGACCUAACAAGACUUCAACUAAAUAUGCACCGUUGUUUACAAAGACCUAACAAGACUUCAACUGAAUAUGCACCCUUGUUUACAAAGACCUAACAAGUCUUCACCUGAAUAUGCACCCUUGUUUACAAAGACCUAACAAGUCUUCACCUGAAUAUACACUGUUUACAAUGACCAAACAAGAUAUCACCUGACUAUGCAAGAUUUUUUACAAAGACCUAACAAGUCUUCACUUGAAUAUGCAUGAUUGUUUACAAAGACCUAACAAGACUUCACCUGAAUAUGCACUAUUGUUUACAAAGACCUAACAAGACUUCACCUGAGUAUGCACCAUUGUUUACAAAGACCCAACAAGACUUCACCUGAAUAUGCACCCUUGUUUACAAAGACCUAAGUCUUGUGUUAAAUAAAUUAUUUGUGGGGAAAGUACAUUUUAUUAUCGUCCACAGAGGGAAGUGCUCAGGGGUCUUGCUCAAGAAGAAGCGGACAAAGUGGCAGCUCAAACUGAAGAAGCCCGCCUAAAAAUUGCAGCUAAGAGAGGCACAGGGAAAUAUGGCACCACAAAGGCUGGCUUAGUGAAAACACAAGCGGAGCGCAGCGCUAGAUUGGCCUACAACAAGCCAACGGCCUUAGCUUCAGCCGUGGUGUCAAGCAGAGGCAAAGAAAAUACAAGCAGCAAAGUGAAACCGCCUCCAAAGGUAACAGCCUUGAAAGUUGGACUUCAAUAGAAAUCCACCAGAAAAAAUAAUAAGGCUCCCGAUACAAUCUUAACAAAACUUUGAUUUUUCCACUAACAAACAAAAAUAAUUUUGAAAAAGAUCAUUCAGAAACUCAUUAACAAAGAAUACCUUCUGCCAGCUGACUGUCAUCAAAGAUGAAAAGACCCUGGUCAGGACUUACGGCAAGCAGGAAUAUCAACGAGGUCGCACCACCAUCCGUGAUCCUUAUCUCCAUUUUAAGAAUCCUAAGACAGGUCGGACAGCUCGGCCAGCACCAGUCAAUGAAUCAUUUGGUAAAACUAAUAAUGUUAACUUUUAAAAAUGAGAGCCUGUCUACUAAACAUUGUUAGUUUUCAUUGUUAGAUCAUGUCAACUAAAUAUUGUUAGCUUUUAUUAUUAUAUUUUGACAACUAAACAUUGUUAGCUUUCAUUAUUUAACAUUAUACUUGGAUGUUAAGAAUAUAGUUAGUAAGUUAAAUAUUAUAUAUAUGUUGUAAUUGCACACACCACUUCAUAUUAAUAUAAAUGUUUCGAUAUGAAAUUAUUCUCAGUGAGUGGAGAUGGAAGGUCAAGAUCACCCAAGAGCAGGCUAGGUCAAGGUCAGGCCUCAUCCCCACCUCCCAGACAGUUUUAUUUCAGUCCAACAAGAGGCUACAUACCCUUAAACGCAGGAGACAAUGGUAACCUAACCGUUAUAUUACGAUACAGCGGUAAACCAAUCUAUCUCCAUUCUAAUAUAUUACUUGUAAAUUAAGGUCAAAAUCUAUCUUGCCAUAUUGUGCUCCUAACUUGGCAUUGAAAAUUAAUUAUGAACACCUCCUCUUUAUGUGUUCAGUUAUGUUGUGACCUACUUUAUGUGUUAAAUUAUGUUCUGACCUACUUUAUGUUGGAGAUGUUUUCACUUGACAGCUCCUGUCCCUGGUCAACUUAUUCCGAUGGCCAUUCCCUUGGGAGAGCCUCGUAUGGAGCCAGGGGUCAGAAGGUCGGCCACCCUCUUAAGCAACCCGUUGAACCCCAUCACUUCCACCCCCGUGCCAGUGACGGCUGCUACAAACGUUGCCGUGGUUUCAUUUCCUGUAGAAGACAGGAGAACUAAAAAAGGCAGAGAGCCAGAAUUAGCCACACAGGUAUGAAUCGGCCGCACUUAAGUGCCGUGACUUUCAGGAAUACAACAAUAAUGUAGUUAUCCGCAUUAACCAUUAAUCCUAUAACUAUCAUAGUGGCAGCUCAUCGGCCAUUAUACCCCUUUCACAGCCAAUACAAAUAUAGCCACUACCAAAAGCAUCAAUAAAAAUGAGAAUUAUUUAAUGUAUGAAGGAAAUCACUCCAUAUAAAUGAGCUUGCUUCCUAUUGCCGCUUCUAUCUGUGCUUUUAUUGGGGCUUGUUUUGUGAUUGAGAUGUGACAUUUGAUCAGGUUUUUUUUACUGCCGUUAUGUUUGAUGGUGGAGAGUGUCUCCCCCUUUAGAUAGCAAAAUCAACAGAGACUUUCUUUAUUGGAAUUAUUUCAAGUAGAUUAAAAUGAAAGCAAUGAUUUCAGAGCUUUUCCAGAUGCUAGUAAUGACGGUAUUAGCUCUAGCGGUGGUGGCGACAUCAGAUAUUGACAAAAUUAGUUCUAUGCUUAGUCGUAUUGUUGCAGACAAAUUUUUUUUGCAAAGGAUGGAAAUCGAGCAGAAGAGACAAAGAUUUGAUCCAAAAUGCCUACCCUAAAAAGAUUCAAAGACAUUUAUAUUUGUGUAUGUUCUGGUGUGUUAAUUAAUACAAAAUGGAUUUAAUAACUUUAAAUGAACAGGAAUUUAAAAAAAAAUGUUUCCCCCCAAAAAAAAAAAAUUCCCCCCCCCCCCCCCCCCCCCCCCAAUUUUCUGAUAGAAAUUUUAAGAUAGUGAAUGAAACAAAUUGAUAAAAAUUACGGUAAAUUUACCCAAUCUUUUAACCCAUUUCCCAUGGCUGCCAUCUUGGUUGCCAUGACCCGUCAUGGUUGAAGUGACAAGAAGUGUCAACGACAUGCGGUCGCCCCCUUUCCUGGCGUAAUGUUUGGUCAGUACAUUAAUUUCUUGCUGAACAUACCAAAUUUAUUGUUUUCCCCCUAGAUAUGGGGCAAGAAGUUCCCUCUCCUGGCGUAAUUUUAGUUGGUUCAUGCUCCCUUCCUGCAGCUAAAACAUGUGUGCCACAGUUACACACAGUUGUUAGCAAAGUGUAGGAAUGAAGAAAAACAAUGCAAAAUAAUCAUUUUAAAAUAAUUAAAACUCAACUGUUUCAUAGAAUGCACUUUUACACACUUGAUUUCAGGUUUCACCAAAAAGAAAAUCCAAAAGUUGUCAGAAAAUCAAUACAAUACUACACACCUAGUUUCCAAAGUGCCGAAAAUUUUAUUUAUAAUAUUUAACCACCCAAUGAAAUUAUAAAUUAAAACAUUCCAUCGUCUUUAAAGAAAAGUUAACUCUAGUAACAAUCCAAGAAGAAACAAAAAUGAAAGAAUCCUAUACAUAGAUUAAAAUUAGCACGGAUUGAGAAAAAUACAAUUUUGAAUAUUAGUACCUAUAACUUGACAUUUUCUGAAAGAAUAUUGCUUUGUGUAUCUCAAAAACUUGAUUUUAUGAUAGUUUAAACCACAUGUGUAAAACUCAAGGUUUGCGGGCCACAUCCGGCCCGCCAAACAAUCAUAUUAGGCCAGUGAGGUCUUGACCGGCGUACAAUUAUAUCCAAACUAACGCUAUGGUGUUUCCCAAUGCACACUUUGAUGAAAAACUUAGCUUACUUCGUGCUGAGUUCGCACUGGGCUGUAGUGAAUUUAAAGCACAGAAAUGUAAUUUCUGGCUCUUUCGUAGCCAAUUUGUCAUAGACUGGAAACUGCACCUGUAAAUUUGCAGAUGGAGCUAAUAGAGCUGCAGUGUAAUGGGACACUAAAGGCAAAGUACGACACAGUUGGGCCUGCACAGUUCACUCCUAAAGAGCUGCCCCAGCUUUGUCUACAUGCGGCUCGAACCUUGAGCAUGUUUGGUAGCACACAUAUGUGUGAGAAGCUGUUUUCUGUGAUGAAAAUUAACAAAACAUCACACAGGAGUCAUCUCACAGAUGAACACUUGCAGUCCAUCACGAGAAUCUUAAUGACACAUAACGAUACUCCCAACAUAAACGAACUUACUUGUUUUUGUAGCCAAGAAAAUGUGCCAAACAUCCAGCUCUGACAAAUUGGCAUAAGAACAAAAAUGGGUAUGCCAAUGAUAUUUUAUUAUUAAAACUUUUGUUUUCUGUUUUCAUUUAUAUACAUGUUUUUAAAAAAUAUUAAUUUACGCUUAUUGAAUGUUUAUCCUGUUUGACCCGCAACCUUACAUGUGAUUUGAGUUUUGGCCCACCGAGCGAUUGAGUUCGACACCCCUGGUUGAAACAAUUAACCCAGUUUUAGGUUGGCUGGAAAGCAGAAGUGGAAUAGUCAAAUUAUACUCACACUGUAAAGGUCAUGGUCAAUAUAAAAAAUACAUAAAAUACCUUGUCCAAUGUACUUUCAGAAAAUGAAUACCUUUAAGGGUCUCUGAACUCACUGUAAGGGUCUCUGAACUCACUGAGUCUGGGAUUUUGUCCUUUUAAACAAGCAUAUGAAAAUGCUAAAAAUGGCCUGCCGCCACAGAAAAUUGCACUUGACAGUUACAGGGUUAACACAGUUGCCACAGAAAAUUGCACUAGACAGUUACAGGGUUAACACAGUUGCCACAGAAAAUUGCACUUGACAGUUACAGGGUUACACAGUUGCCACAGAAAAUUGCACUAGACAGUUACAGUGUUACACAGUUGCCACAGAAAAUUGCACUAGACAGUUACAGGGUUAACACAGUUGCCACAGAAAAUUGCACUAGACAGUUACAGGGUUAACACAGUUGCCACAGAAAAUUGCACUAGACAGUUACAGGGUUAACACAGUUGCCACAGAAAAUUGCACUAGACAGUUACAGGGUUAACACAGUUGCCACAGAAAAUUGCACUAGACAGUUACAGGGUUAACACAGUUGCGUGGAUAAGGAAGUAGAACAGGAAAUGUAAAAGCUUGAAGGGAAACACAGGGCAUUCUAGGGGGCAAGCUUAGUGUCAAUGUUUUCUUUCGUUCCUGUUGACAAAACAUUCACUUGAUUGGGCUUUUCGUUCCUUAUAAGCUUUCAAAUACUGCUCUGGUGUUGACUUCAUACUGCUUGCAUCCUGCUCUAGUGUUGACUUCACACUGCUUGCAUCCUGCUCUAGUGUUGACUUCACACUGCUUGCAUCCUGCUCUAGUGUUGACUUCACACUGCUUGCAUCCUGCUCUAGUGUUGACUUCACACUGCGUGCAUCCUGCUCUAGUGUAGACUUCACACUGCUUCAACUCAUUCCCUUAUAUAUCUAUCUAUGUAAAAAUUAGUAAAAUGCUUGAAUCUUAUAAAAAUAGUUGUCUGUAUAAAACAUUAAAAUAGUUGUAUGCAUAGAUUGUUAAAAUAAUUAUUUUUAUUGUUCCAAAAUUAGCUGUCCUGUAAAUAUAGUAAAACUAUUUGAAUGCACAAAUAAAUUUCUUUUUCAGGUUCUUCCUCCCAUUGACAUUGACUCCAUCAGCCCAUCAUCCUCCCAGAGAUCUGACAUCCAGAUCAGAAGUCCCCAACAAGACAAUGCCAAUGUCACGUUCAUGUAUGAUGCUCAUCACGUAAGUUCUUCAAUUAUGUCAAACUCACAGGAAAAUGUUUAUUUUUGUACUGUCAUAGAUUUGUAUUUUUAGUUUUGUAUGCUUGUACUGUCAUAGAUUUGUAUGUUUAGUUUUGUAUGCUUGUACUGUCAUAGAUUUGUAUGUUUAGUUUUGUAUGCUUGUACUGUCAUAGAUUUUUAUCUUUAGUUUUGUAUGCUUGUACUGUCAUAGAUUUGUAUGUUUAGUUUUUUAUGCUUGUACUGUCAUAGAUUUGUAUGUUUAGUUUUGUAUGCUUGUACUGUCAUAGAUUUUUAUCUUUAGUUUUGCAUGCUUGUACUGUCAUAGAUUUGUGUGUUUAGUUUUGUAUGCUUGUACUGUCCUAGAUUUGUACGUUUAUUUUGUUACAGGCUGAUGUUGAUCUUGACAACACUUUAACCGAGGAUAACUCUGAGAUGGAACAGUCAGGGGAGGGAAUCAACCUACCAGGCUAUGUUGCACCCUAUUCUGAAUAUUCUGGGCCUGAAUUCCCUCCUACCAAUAAGCCGAAAGCUGACUGGACGGCAGGAGAGAGUCAAGGUCGUCCAGUGACCUUAGUUUCUGAUGUAAUUGCAGAAGAUCUAAGGCAACGGGACAUCCUAGAAAGCAACGCCGUCCAUUGGUAAAUAAGCAUCUAAACUCAAGCUAUUACAUCAAUUUGAUAUGGACGGGUCACAUGACCUACGCAAGUUGUAAGAUAAAAAUAUCCACUUUUAGAUUCAGGUUGAUAGAGACGUUCAUUGCUCACAUCAUUAAAUUCUCUAUUGUCCUAAUUGUACCAUUAUAAUAUUGAUUAUCAAACUAACUUGGAUGCCUUCCUAAUGCAUUUGUUGUUGUUUUUUUUUGCUUUUUUUUUUACUAGAGCCUACAACUUGUAUGUGAUGUACUUGUUCCAUAAAGUCUAUAAUAAAUGUCUAUGUGCCUCCGUAAUGUGCUUAUUAUAUUAAGUCUGUGAUAUGUGUCUAUGUGCCUCCGUAAAGUGCUUAUUAUAUUAAGUCUGUAAUAUGUGACUAUGUGCCUCCGUAAUGUGUUUGUUCUAUGAAGUCUAUAAUAUAUAUCUAUGUGCUUCUGUAUUGUGUUUGUUCCAUGAAAUCUAUAAUAUAUAUCUAUGUGCUUCUGUAUUGUGUUUGUUCCAUGAAAUCUAUAAUAUAUAUCUAUGUGCUUCUGUAUUGUGUUUGUUCUAUGAAGUAUAUAAUAUAUAUCUAUGUGCCUCUGUAUUGUGUUUGUUCCAUGAAGUAUAUAAUAUAUAUCUAUCUGCUUCUGUAAUGUGUUUGUUCCAUGAAAUCUAUAAUAUAUAUCUAUGUGCUUCUGUAUUGUGUUUGUAAUGUUCCAGGCUUGAACAAGAGCUCAUGGCUCAUGUGCUGUCACAAGUCAUGGCUCCACUACAGCGUCCCCAUCAGACAGACACAAGGGUUGAACUGGACAAGUCAGAGGAUACUGACCAAGAGGAAUCUUUAAUGGGUCAGUCAGUUGAAUCUUAUUGUAAUAUGUCCACCAUUGUAUAUGUCAUCACGUAAUGACAUUCAAAGCAGCCAUCUCAACAUUGUUUUCUAUUCAGGAUUAUCAGUCACAUUAAACAGAUAUGUGUUAACUAAAUGUUAAAUGAAAGCAAAACAACUCGGUAACAACUCUAUGCUAAUUGCCUUAAUCUUCUAAAAAAAAAUUAUUUCUGUAUCCUCCAAAUCUGCACUAUAAUUGUGUUUAUGCACCAGUAAUGUCUUUUUAUGAACAAGUGGCACAACAAUGCCAACCAAAAAGUCCUACCAAAGAUAUGAGAGUUGAUUUUUAUUAGCACAGCACAGCAACCAAAAGGGCUAUCAGAAGUAUGGCGGAAACAUAAAAUAAAGACUAUAUUUUCUCUAGAGAAUCAUCCUAGUCAUACUUCUCUGGCAAUAUAAAUAUCAUGUGAUGUAGAUUAAUAUUGUUUUAUUUCAUGCAGUGGCUGACAUGCUUGGCCAAGGUGGCAUGCAGCUAUUUAUAGAUGCUGGCCAGCCUGUUGAUAAUGCUUUAGUCCAAGCUCUGGUCAAGGAGGUGCUGCAGGAGAAAAUUAACACCAUGUUGGCCCAGAGGUCAGCUGAGGUGGACACUCAAGGUGUCAAGGUCAAGGACGCUGUGGAUGAAGCCAUGGAAGCAAGAGAUAACGUAAGUGUAGAUCCAUAGUUUGAACCUGUUGUUAAAUGACACGGGGGGGGGGGGAGGGGGCGAAUUAAAUUAAUAUAACUCUCUUUUUAGGUGAGCCGGUCGACCUACACAGUCCUCCCCUUCGUUCCCUUAUCUUAUCCCCUUCCUCCCUCCUCCCCCUCCAGCAAGAGAUAACGUAAGUGUAGAUCCAUAGUUUGAACCUGUUGUUAAAUGACACGGGGGGGGGGGAGGGGGGCGAAUUAAAUUAAUAUAACUCUCUUUUUAGGUGAGCCGGUCGACCUACACAGUCCUCCCCUUCGUUACCUUAUCUUAUCCACUUCCUCCCUCUAUCCCCUCCAAUGUCACUACAUUCUGCCCCCAGACAUUACUUCUUCAAACCCUUCCUAAGCUCCAGCACCCAGUCCUCUUACCCCUUGAUCUCCCUUGCCUUUAUCUCCAUUACUCUUUCCUCCAACACCCAAUCUAUCAAUCUAUCAUACCAUUCUCCCCUCUACUAACCCAACACCCCAAAUCUAUCAUACCAUUCUCCCCUCUACUUGACUCUUUCCUCCAACACCCCAAUCUAUCAUACCAUUCUCCCCUCUACUUGACUCUUUCCCCCAACUCCCCAAUCUAUCAUACCAUUCUCCCCUCUACUUGACUCUUUCCUCCAACACCCCAAAUCUAUCAUACCAUUCUCCCCUCUACUUGACUCUUUUCUUCAACACCCCGAUCUAUCAUACCAUUCUCCCCUCUACUUGACUCUUUCCUCCAACACCCCAAAUCUAUCAUACCAUUCUCCCCUCUACUUGACUCUUUUCUUCAACACCCCAAUCUAUCAUACCAUUCUCCCCUCUACUUGACUCUUUCCUCCAACACCCCAAUCUAUCAUACCAUUCUCCCCUCUACUUGACUCUUUCCUCCAACACCCCAAUCUAUCAUACCAUUCUCCCCUCUACUUGCACCUAGAUCAAUUCCCCAUCACAUCUCUACCCUCCUCCACCAUCCACUAAAUACUCAGAUUGGAAAUGGAUAAAUGGAGUCAGUCAGAUUGGAAAUAGAUAAAUGGAGUCAGUCAGAUUGGAAAUGGAUAAAUGGAGUCAGUCAGAUUGGAAAUGGAUAAAUGGAGUCAGUCAGAUUGGAAAUGGAUAAAUGGAGUCAGUCAGAUUGGAAAUAGAUAAAUGGAGUCAGUCAGAUUGGAAAUGGAUAAAUGGAGUCAGUCAGAUUGGAAAUGGAUAAAUGGAGUCAGUCAGAUUGGAAAUGGAUAAAUGGAGUCAGUCAGAUUGGAAAUGGAUAAAUGGAGUCAGUCAGAUUGGAAAUGGAUAAAUGGAGUCAGUCAGAUUGGAAAUGGAUAAAUGGAGUCAGUCAACUCCUGAUUUUUGGAAGCCUCUUGCCACUUUUAGGUUUUGUGCCACCUGCAGUCAACCACCUGCAGUCAGCCACCUGCAGUCAGCCACCUGCAGUCAAAGUUGAUUGAUUGAAUUUUUUUUCCACACCACAGAUUUGGCACCCUUAAAUAUCUGAGGCCCCGUGCAGACGCAGCAGCUCAGCUUUUAGCCUGGUCCAGAGUCCUGCUUGACAGAGCCACUAAAUAUUUUACCAAUGCAAGAGAGCUUCAAAUCACUGAACCUAAAUUACGGAUCAUUUCUAGAUGACUGAACACAGUGGCACAGCCAGGGUUAAUGCUGCCUGAGGCUGGUCAAGAUGUUUUAUGCCUCCCCUAUGAACAAAACUCUGCAGUUUGACAAAAAUGCAGCCGUUCUUUAUUAAGAAAAAUGUGCUUCCCGAGAUGCACAUCCGCUCCACUCUUGCUAUGCCAGUGACUGAACUUCUAAUUUUCCGACUCAGUUCUAAAAUUGUUUUACUUUGUUGACAAUUGAAGCAUAAUUCUGGAAUAAAAAUUUCAGAUCUCAAUACUCAACGACAUGACCUAUUUUUACUUCCAGUUUAAAUAUGUUUUCUAAAUAUUUUUUAUUCAGGAGUUUGAAAGAGGGCCACCGCGAGUUCAGACACCAGAACCGACACCGAAAGCCUCACCUAUUGCCUCACCGAGACGUGUCAAGCCACAGCCACUCACUGGACUAACCACCCCGCCGCUGUCACCCCCUGCUGCAGGGUUUCGGAUGCGACAACCUGUGUACGAACCAGAGCCUAACCCACAAAUACAGAGAGCUUCAGAAACUGUGACGACAGACAAAGAAUCGGACACAGAUCUUUCUGUCUCAGUUGAUAUAUCCGAGGAACUCAGGAGGGUUGCAGGUAAGUCGAGUUUGAUAAAAUACAGAGUUUUACAACUACAGUCUACAACUCCGAUUGGUGAAAUUUUGCAUUACAAGUUUACUUUACAUGGCAGCCUCCAGGUGGUGAAAUCUUGCACGCUAGAAAAAAUGCUCUACAAAAUUAUUUUUUUUAAAACCAUGUUUACAAAACAUGAAUGAUUAAAUAAAGUUACUGCUAGUUACUUUUGUUUUAGUCAAGUCAGAAUAUAGAAUUUCUGGAAGGGGUUCUAAGCUGUUGUUCAUUCUAAACAGACCAUGCAACAUUUAUUUCUGAACUAAGCUUGCAAGUAAGUUUCGAACGAAGCUUGCAAGUAAGUUUUGAACUAAGCUUGCAACUAAGUUUGAAACUAAGCUUGCAACUAAGUUUGGAACUAAGCUCGCAAUUAAGCUUUCAACUAAGCUUGGAACUAAGCUUGGAACUUAGCUUGGAACUAAGCUUGCAAAUAAACUUGGAACUAAGCUUGCAAAUAAGCUUGCAACUAAGUUUGGAACUAAGCUUGCAACUAAGCUUGGAACUAAGCUUGCAAAUGAGCUUGCAACUAAGCUUGCAUGUAAGUUUGGCACUAAGCUUGCAAUUAAGUUUCAAACUAAGCUUGCAUGUAAGUUUGGAACUAAGCUUGCAACUAAGUUUGGAACUAAGCUUGCAACUAUCCUUGCAACUAAGCUUGCAACUAAGUUUGGAACUAAGCUUGCAAUUAAGUUUAGAUAUAAGCUAGCAACUAUUACCCCAACUUCCUUCUGCUGACUUUGUGCUCACAUAUGUAUCUUAGCUAAAGGUAAAUCAGUGGAUCAAGAGGAACCAAUCAUUGAAGACCAUGAUGUUGCCACACCCUCAUUGUCACCUAUGGCCACACCCCCCAUGUCACCUGAUUCACCUCCACGCCACACAACACCUCCAGCAUCCCCCGUACAAGCUACGAUCAUGAAAUCUGAGAUUGUGGAGGAACCUGUGCAGAGGAAGACAAUUGUGGUUGAGGAGGAGGAGGAGGAGGCAGAGGAUGAUGGAGAGGAGGAGGAGGAUGAUGUAGAUAGAGUAGAACUGGAUCAACCAAAGCCAUUGUAAGUUUGUUGGUUUGAUGGGUCCAUCAAGUGGUCACUGAGUGGUCAUACUGGGGGGUCUUUCAAGUAGUCAUUGAUCGCUAUUAGUGGUGUUAUCAUGUGGUCAGUGAGUGGUCACUAUUAGUGGUACUGUCAAGGGGUUAUUGAGUGGUCAUAUUAGGGGGUCUUUCAAGUAGUCAUUUGGUCACUAUUAGUGGUGUUAUCAUGUGGUUAGUGAGUGGUCACUAUUAGUGGUACUGUCAAGGGGUUAUUGAGUGGUCACUAUUAGUUGCACUGUCAAGUGGUCAGUUAAUGGUCUCUUAGGGGGUCUUUCAAGUAUUCGUUGGUCACUAUUAGUGGCACUAUCAAGUGGUCACUGUUUAUUGGUGCUAUCAAGUGGUGCUAUCAAGUGGUGCUAUCAAGUGGUGCUAUCAAGUGGUGCUAUCAAGUGGUGCUAUCAAGUGGUGCUAUCAAGUGGUCACUAUUAAUCAAGGGAUUAUUGAGUGGUAAUUAUUAGUGGCACUGUCAAAUGGUCAGUGAAUGGUCACAGUAGAAGGGUCUUUCGAUUGGUUAUUGGUCACUAUUGGUAGGUCUAACAAGGGGUCAGUGAGUUGUCACUAUUAGUGUUCAGUGAGUGGUCACUAUUAUUUGCAUUUUCAAGUGGUCAGUGAGUGAUCACUAUUAGUGGCCCUAUCAAGUGCUCACAAAUUGGUGUUUUUUUUUAAAAAUAUGUUUGUUUAAAGUGCCACCUUGAUUAAUCUUAAAACUGUGAUCAACCAGUGGAUUAAAUACGCUUAUGUUAUUGUUGAUGCCAGGUUGCUGUCUGUGGCUGUUGGAAGGGAUGGGCCAAUGACCAUAGAGAUGUCCACAUCCCCUGGACCCAAAUCUUCAUCACCAGAAGUGAGUUGAAUCUUAGAACCAUUUAUGAAAAUAGAACACGUACAAUAGAACACGUACAAUAGAACAAUACAAUAGAACACGUACAAUAGAACAUGUACAAUAGAACAUGUACAAUAGAACACGUACAAUAGAACACGUACAAUAGAACACGUACAAUAGAACACGUACAAUAGAACACAUACAAUAGAACACGUACAAUAGAACACUUACAAUAGAACACGUACAAUAGAACAACUUACUUGCAGCCGGUGUUCACUGAUGAUGAAACAUGUUCAGUCUGCCGUGUUCAGUCUGCCGUGUUCAGUCUGCCGUGUUCAGUCUGCCGUGUUGUAUGAAACAUGUUCAGUCUGCCGUGUUGUAUGAAACAUGUUCAGUCUGCCGUGUUGUAUGAAACAUGUUCAGUCUGCCGUGUUGUAUGAAACAUGUUCAGUCUGCCGUGUUGUAUGAGCACAGUUCCAUGGGGAGAAUAGAGACGGCUUGAUCAAUCAACUUUUCCUACUAUCAAAAGAAACUAGUAGGGAACCAGGAGACUUAAUCUUCAAGUAUUAUUUACCUUCUGCUAUCUAUUUUUGACUGACAGCGCCAGCUAUCAUUGAGUUCCCCUGAACCAUCGUCCUCAGAGACUGACUCCAGUCUGACAGACACAGUCAAUGAUGCCAUUUCCGAUGGCCAGUGGCUACUUAGUGAGGGACAGGUCAUUGGUUUACCACUUAAUGAAGGUAAGAAACAGUUUAUGAAGGUUUGUGGGGUUGGGGGGGGGGGGCAAUUGGUCAUCAAUAUAUUAAUAGAAAGAAAAAAUUGAGUUCCGUGGGGGAACAAUCAUUUCUUUUAAUUAAAUGAAUUUGAUAUAAUCAAUAGCAUUCAAAUUUCAUCUGAUCUAAAAAUAUCAUUCACAGCCAAACGUCAAAAGUUUCUCCACAAAGGUCACCAGUAUGUGGGAGAUGUCAGCACUGCCAGUACAUUAAGAGAUACAGAAGACCUGGUCUUGGUCAGUACAUCAGACAAUGUCUAUGUUUUAUACUACACGCUGCUGUCAUGAACAUUUGCUGUCAUAAACAUACUGCUGUCAUAUAGACACUGCUGUCUCAAUCGAGACAACAAAAAAGGAGAAAUGUUUAAAGCAAUCUGCCUGCAACAAAUUGUUGUUGACUUGGCUGUUGAUCACAUCUUAUCUAUGACUCAGCAAGUGUCAUUUUGCCAUGGUUUGACAUCGUUUUUAUAGCUGCAUUUAUACGUGAUUAUAAAUGAAUGAUUAUAAAAUGUAAUUUCUUUUGUAUAGACAGGUUAGUUACAUGCAGCUCUUAGAAUCCACUGUAACAUUUUGUUAACAUCUAUGAAGCAUGAGAUCUUUGAAGUUAUAAUGUCCUUUAGAAAGUUGAAAAUAAAUAAGUACGCAAGAACAAUUGGUAAAAGAAAGUAUUAGUGCUUGGGCUACUAAUGAUUGUUCAGGUAAAUUUGGACAGGUCAAUCUAGGGGUUUAGGUCAAUCUAGGGGUUUAGGUCAAUCUAGGGGUUUAGGUCAAUCUAGGGGUUUAGGUCAAUCUAGGGGUUUAGGUCAAUCUAGGGGUUUAGGUCAAUCUAGGGGUUUAGGUCAAUCUAGGGGUUUAGGUCAAUCUAGGGGUUUAGGUCAAUCUAGGGGUUUAGGUCAAUCUAGGGGUUUAGGUCAAUCUAGGGGUUUAGGUCAAUCUAAGGGGUUUUCACUGGUUGCAAAUUUUGUCAUGUUCAGGAUGAGACAGAUUAUCCAAAAAGUGAAGGGGAAUUUCUUUUGACUGGGUUACCUGCCCCUGAAAGUGACCCAAUGUUGGAGCUCCUGGCACAGAUGCAGAGAAAUCCUUUUCAAAUCAGUCACAGGGAAAUACCUGUACCUCAGGUCAGACAGGUGAGUUGACCUAGGAAAAUACCUGUAUCUCAGGUCAGAAGGUGAGUUGAUCUUGGGAUAUACCUGGACCUCAGGUCAGACAGGUGAGUUGACCUUGGGAUACACCUGGACCUCAAGUCAGACAGGUGAAGUAAUUAAUUUAGGGACAUACCUGGAUCUCAGGUCAGAUAUGUGAGUUGAGAUUGGAAAAUAACUGUACCUCAGAUCAGACAGGUGAAUUGAUUUAGGGAUGUCCUGGACUUCAGAUCAGACUAGUGAGUUGAUUUAGAGAUGUACUGGACCUCAGAUCAGACAAGUGACUUGAUUUAGGCAUAUACUAGACAUCAGCUCAAAUCUGUGAAAUCUGCCACAAAAUUGUUUGCUAUGUCAUAUUUUGUUCUGCUACUGAAUUUUGGUUUUGUCAUGAAAUAAUGUAAACCUGGAACUAAUUUACCUAAUUUAAGGGAAAGUGUCCUUAAACCAUAGGAUGUUUUGUGCAUAUCUCAUUUUUUGGUUCAGAUUUUGAGUGGUCCUCAGCCCAAAGAGGUCAUGUCCACCACUGGAAGAAGUCUGGGUGAGAUGAGUGUCGGCCAGGUCCCCCCAUCCAGGCUCGCCAUGGAGCUCAGGAAUGGAAUUAGAAAAACCGGUGAGAAAAGCUAUAUUAUUUCCCUUUACCAGAUGGUAAAUCUGAACCAAUAAUUUCAACCCUGAUUAAUUGCUGUCAAGAUUGUUUUGGGUGUGGUGAACCAGGCCACUGUCAUCUCUCAAUCUAUUGUUGGUGUGGCAAACCAGGCUACCGUCAUCUCUCAAUCUAUUGUUAGUGUGGCAAACCAGGCUACUGUCAUCUCUCAAUCUAUUGUUGGUGUGGCAAACCAGGCCACUGUCAUCUCUCAAUCUAUUGUUGGUGUGGCAAACCAGGCUACUGUCAUCUCUCAAUCUAUUGUUGGUGUGGCAAACCAGGCCGCUGUCAUCUCUCAAUCUAUUGUUAGUGUGGUGAACCAGGCUACUGUCAUCUCUCAAUCUAUUGUUUGUGUGGUGAACCAGGCUACUGUCAUCUCUCAAUCUAUUGUUUGUGUGGUGAACCAGGCCACUGUCAUCUCUCAAUCUAUUGUUGGUGUGGCAAACCAGGCUACUGUCAUCUCUCAAUCUAUUGUUUGUGUGGUGAACCAGGCUACUGUCAUCUCUCAAUCUAUUGUUUGUGUGGUGAACCAUGCUACUGUCAUCUCUCAAUCUAUUGUUUGUGUGGUGAACCAGGCCACUGCCAUCUCUCAAUCUAUUGUUGGUGUGGCAAACCAGGCUACUGUCAUCUCUCAAUCUAUUGUUUGUGUGGUGAACCAUGCUACUGUCAUCUCUCAAUCGAUUGUUGGUGUGGCAAACCAGGCUACUGUCAUCUCUCAAUCUAUUGUUUGUGUGGCGAACCAUGCUACUUCCAUCUCUCAAUCUAUUGUUGCUUACUCUUUACACCAGGGGCUGUUAACCUUUUUUUUUUUUUUUGCAGUGCCACAACCCCCCCCCCCCCUCUUGAUUGCAAAACAUUACCUGCAUCCCCAUCUUGAUUUCAUAAAAUAUUUCUCACGACUCCUGACACUGUCUCCCUGAAGGCAUGAUCCAUCUCUCAUUCUAUUGUUGCUUACUCUUUACACCAGGGGCUGUUAACCUUUUUUUUUUUUUUUGCAGUGCCACACCCCCCCCCCCCCCUCUUGAUUGCAAAACAUUACCUGCAUCCCCAUCUUGAUUUCAUAAAAUAUUUCUCACGACUCCUGACACUGUCUCCCUGAAGGCAUGGCUAUUUCUGUUAUUUAUUUACUGUGUCUGAGAAAGGGAAGUAAUUCUGUUUUGCAAUUGAUUUUCAUUGAUUAAAAAAAACUGUUUGAGCUGCUAAAUAUUGAUUAAUAUUAAUGAAUUUAGGAUAAAUGCAUUCAGAAAUGAAUAACUUUUAAUAAAAAUAUAACAUUACAGCAAACUAAUUACAAGCAAAGAAACAAAAAAAAAUAUUUUUGGCACCAUGAACACAUGCUAGAUAUUGACACCUCGGAUGAACACAUGCUAGGUAUAGACACCUCGGAUGAACACAUGCUAGAUAUAGACACAUGCUAGAUAUAGACACAUGGUAGAUAUAGACACAUGCUAGAUAUAGACACCACGGAUGAACACAUGCUAGAUAUAGACACACGCUAGAUAUAGACACAUGCUAGAUAUAGACACACCAUUCUAAAGCAAACAUAGAUUGAAAAUCAAACAAGAAUAAUAAAACAUCUGGUUUUUAAAUUGAAAUAAAGCAGAAUCACUCCAUCACCUGGACGCAUCCAUCAGAACCCCAAAUGACGCACUUAGUUGCAACCAUCUGAAAUGAGUUAAGAACCCGUGCCUUACACAAAUACAUCCCUUGUGGGGAAAAGGGGGGGGGGGGGUAAAUGAUUCUUCACUAAAUUUUAAUAACAAGCCCAAAAACAAAACUUAACACCUAUACUGAUUAAUGUUUCACAUUGAAAUUGAACUACAGGACGACAAAGUCCAUCUAACAGUUUGGAGAGAAGUGAGGAGGAAUAUGAUAGAAAUGAGGAUCAGAGAAGAAGGAGGAGGCCGGAUGUGGAGCAUCGCAGCAGAACACCAUCACCAGUGGUCCAGCAAUAUGAGCAGAGCAGUAGGAGCCCUUCACCUGACCACAGGCGUCGUCCUUCACCUGACCAGAGGAGUCGCCCAACCAGGACCAGCAGAAGUCCAUCACCCCAGAAACCACAGCAAGGAGGCAUAAGGGGAAGACCUCAAAGUGAGUUGUGCUAAUACAGUGAGCCAUCCAUUGAAAGUAACUUAGGCUACAUGACUGGGUACUUAUUCCAUUAGGCUCCCAUAAAACUGGGUUAGCCGUGACACAUCGAUAUAACAUUUAAAGGGUAGAUCACGGUGUUGUAGAAAAAAAUAACGGUAUUUUAUGGUUCUUCUAUCAUUGCUUUUGUUACCAUACCAUCAGUUAUGUUAUGGUGGCUUUUGUUACCCUACCAUCAGUUAUGUUAUCAUGGCUUUUGUUACCAUACCAUUGGUUAUGUUAUCAUGGCUUUUGUUACCAUACCAUCAGUUAUGUUAUCAUGGCUUUUGUUACCAUACCAUCAGUUAUGUUAUCAUGGCUUUUGUUACCAUACCAUCAGUUAUGUUAUCAUGACUUUUGUUACCAUCACUUAUGUUAUUAUUUGUUAUCACAGCUUUUUUUAAAAAACUGAUUUGCAUUUUGAUUAAAGACCGAUUUUUCAACAUAAUAAUUAAACCUUGUUAUUGUGAGGAUCUGUUUCAAAUUUCAUUUUGUUUCAUUGACAGGGCAAAUGCAAUAUCAACCAGUUCUUUCUGAAGGGGCACCACUACCAACAAGGGGGAAAACUCCACCGCCUUAUGGACGCAGAAGCAGUGACAGUAGAAUCUCACAAAGCAGUGAUUUUGGUAAUUGCUGAAUCAGUCAUCUCCCUUGCUUGUUGAUUUUUUUUUUCUUGGUGGCUUUGUAAAAAAUAAUAAAUUGUUUUUGUUUAAUUCCAGGAACAAGAAUGUCAAGGUCAAGUUAUCCGAGUGAGUCGUUAAGUAGGUCAGCUGAAAGUCCCAUUCUCAGAAGAUCAGGUAAAAGCCAUUGAGGUGUAGUUAUGUCAUAAAACAUAACACAACCAAAUGUUGCUUAGGAAUUUUUUUUAUUGCAAAUAAAGAGUCUAAAUAAAGAGGUCUCUAAAUGUUGAGCUGCCUGCUAUUUCACAGGUGAUGGAGCUCUCACAUCCAGCUUAAAGUCUAGACAGUCAGGUGUCAAGAAAUCUGUGGAGUUUGACCUGACGGGAACCUAUGAUAAAUCCAACAGGUGGGAAUCACCUGUCCCGAACUCCGACCCCAGCCGAUCUCUUGGGUUAAAUUACUCUUUGGAUGACUCAUAUGACGAAACAGAUUUGAGAAAGUAGGUCAUCAUGUCUUUAGUUAACUUAAGAGAAAACAAAAAAUGUGAACUGGUAUUCCUUACAAGUAAAAAAAAGUUUCUUUUAAGGAUUUUUAAAAAAAUAAAUGUAUUUGUUAUCAGGAAUAACUCUUAGCAUGUAUCCCUGGAAUGUAAGCCUCAAAGUAGAAGGAAUGUUAAAGUAAGCCUCAAAGUAGAAGGAAUGUUAAUGUAAGCCUCAAAGUAGAAGGAAUGUUAACGUAAGCCUCAAAGUAGAAGGAAUGUUAACGUAAGCCUCAAAGUAGAAGGAAUGUUAACGUAAGCCUCAAAGUAGAAGGAAUGUUAACGUAAGCCUCAAAGUAGAAGGAAUGUUAACGUAAGCCUCAAAGUAGAAGGAAUGUUAACGUAAGCCUCAAAGUAGAAGGAAUGUUAACGUAAGCCUCAAAGUAGAAGGAAUGUUAACGUAAGCCUCAAAGUAGAAGGAAUGUUAACGUAAGCCUCAAAGUAGAAGGAAUGUUAACGUAAGCCUCAAAGUAGAAGGAAUGUUAACGUAAAUUUAUUAACUGUUUGUUUUUGUGCACCCCUUGACCUUUUAACACUCACAGCAUCCAUGGGGCCAUGAUAAAUUACCUUUUUAAUACAGCACAUAUGGGGCCAUGAUAAAUUACCUUUUUAAUACAGCACAUAUGGGGCCAUGAUAAAUUACCUUUUUAAUACAGCACAUAUGGGGCCAUGAUAAAUUACCUUUUUAAUACAGCACAUAUGGAGCCAUAAUAAAUUACCUUUUUAAUACAGCACAUAUGGAGCCAUAAUAAAUUACCUUUUUCACGUUACUGAUAUCAAAUGUACAAAUGUGUUUAAUUAAAUUUUCAUAGUUGAACUAAGAGAAUUUUUUUAUUUUAAAUCUGUCCAUAACUUUUCAAAACAUAAGGAAAUUAAUAUAUGACAUAAUUAAAUAGAUCAUUCAUCAUCUCAAUGCAAUAAUAAAUUAGUUCAGUUGAUCAUUGGUUCAGUCAAGUUCUUUGGCAUUCCUGGGGUGGCCAGGUGGUUUGCCAUUAGUGCAAAACACCCCAAGGGAGCUGCUUUGCAGCAUCUCCCCUCUGUAAAAGGAGGGGAUGUUGUGCAAAUUAGGGCUCUCAGUGGGCCCAUAAGAGCUGGGGCUCAGAUCACUGGCGUCAUUCCUAUGUUUCAGUUCUUAUAGUAUGCUAUUUUAUUUCAAACAAAAAAUCUAAAAAACAUGGUUCCUAUGUUUCUCAGAAUUGUUCACAGUACAGGGUCAAGGUCAGGUCCAUACAGGAUGUCAGUGACCAUCCCAUCAACAGCUGACGAAGCUGAGAGUGACAUCUCAGAGAUUGACCUGUCCAAUAAUGGCUUCCAGUGA